AUGGGAGAUACAAGCCAUGAAUGCGAGUAUUGCCAUGCAUUGUUUUGGUAUGACGAAAGGAUACAAAAGCACUACAACACAAAUGAUCCGAAAUAUAUAUUGUGUUGUAGGGGAGGUGAAGUUGAGAUUCCUCACCUACAAGAAGCCCCAAAAAUGUUGUAUGAUUUGUUGUUUGGUAAUGACACUGGAAGUAAACACUUUCAGAACAACAUUAGGACCUACAAUAGCAUGUUUCAAUUCACCUCAUUAGGUGCUAAGAUUGACCGAACGGUUGCAAAAGGUAAAGGUCCACGCACGUUCAUUCUAUAUGGGGAAAACUAUCAUUUAAUGGGAAGCCUCAUACCACAAGAAGGGGAUCAGGCCAAAUUUGCACAGCUAUAUGUCUUUGACACGCACAAUGAGAUUGAAAAUCGCAUUUUAGCAAUAAGCGGAGAAAACACUGAGAAAGUUUAUGAAGACAUUGUUAGAGAUUUGAAGAUCAUGUUGGAUCAACAUAAUAUGUUGGUAAAGGCAUUUCGUAUGGCUGGCCAAAAGAUUAACGGUGAUGCCACAUCGUCAGUGAAGCUUAGAUUGUUGGGAAAGCGGGGAAACGAUGGUAGAAGGUAUAACCUACCAUCAACAAACGAGGUGGCAGCAUUGAUUGUGGGUGACUUUGAUCUCGAAAAAAUAGAUAGGGAUAUUGUUGUUGAGACUCAAAGUGGAAGACUUCAGAGAAUAAAUCAGCUUAAUCCUUCCUACUUAGGAUUGCAGUAUCCUUUAUUGUUUCCUUAUGGGGAGGACGGUUUCAAGGAGCAUAUACCUCUUAACAAAAGACAUACUAACUCAACCAAGGGCCACGAAGAUGUAACGAUGAAAGACCUUUUUGCAUUUAGGAUACAGGAAAGACUAACAUACAUUCGAUUAGACCAGGACAAAUUUAGGUGUGAGAUGUACAAGGGAAUAAGUGAAGCUGUAUUGAUGGGUAAAACAACACCUUCAUCAAGGGAUAAAUGUAUCAUACUUCCGUCAUAUUUCACUGGAGGGUCAAGAUAUAUGAUACAGAACUAUCAAGAUGCCAUGGCAAUUUGUAGGGUUGUUGGAUACCUAGACCUCUUCUUAACCUUUACUUGCAAUCCUAAGUGGCCUGAGCUUGAGGAUUUUCUAAAGAAUAGGGAUCUAAAUGCUGAAGACCGUCCUGAUAUGUUGUCUAUACUAUCGAAUUCUAGAAGCGUGGUCUACCCCAUGCACACAUCUUGGUCUUUUUACAUCGAGAUGACAAGUAUCCAACUGCAGAUGAUAUUGAUCAAAUCAUAA